GGGGCGCAAAGAGGUGUGUACUGUUUGACUCCGUGUAUUUAAGGUACAGCGAUUGAUCGAUGGUGUUCGUCAUCAGAAUAGUGGUUACCCUCGGGAGGGACGAGGCUCCGGGGGUGGUAAUAUUCUAUCUCUUGAUCUGGCUGUGAAGAUAUGGGUGUGCACAGUGUGUGAAAUUCUCUGAGCGCUACAUAUGCCUGUUACACUUCAGAAAAGACUCCAAAAAUGUACAUCAUGAGCCCGACAGCAGGCUACAGAAUCAGAAUCUCUGAGGAUGGGACCUAGGGACCCUGCAUCUUAAUCCCCCUACCCUCUUCCAAGUUUUUCUUGAGAACACUGGACUUGGGGAAUCUUUGCUAAAGGAGAGGGAUUAGGGCACUAUCCUCCCGAUGAUCAAGAAUUCCGUUCUGCUCUAACAACAAAUCUUCCUUAGGAAAGACAUGCUUGACAUCUUUGAGUCAUUUAGCUUCUGUUGGGGAAAUGCACGGUCAUCUUUCAGAUGUGGAGAAGUCAAUGAUGUAUAGACGCAUGUAUUUUAAUAUAUUACAUUUUAACAUAGUAUUUUUGGUAAUUCGUCAUGCACACAAUAGCUUACGAAUAUUUUACUGAGGUGCUUGUAAAAACUGGCAGGUGCUAGGACCUAAUGGAAAUCAAGUAUUCAGUAGGAGGGGAGACAUAGCACCAUGGGGCGUGGUGCCCUGUUAGCAGGUACAGAAAAGCCAGUUCUUCCACCUAUAAGCUAAUGAGACUCCAUUUCAGCUCUCUCCACGCCAUCUGCAAGGUAUCGGCAGCUUUUACACUUGCUUGUUAAACCAAAAGCAUGUUUCUGGCAAAGGCUUUAUUGGAAGGGGCUGAUCGGGGUCUUGGGGAAGCUCUUGGAGGCCUUCUUGGAGGAGGCGGUCAGAGAAGAGGAGGAGGAGGCGGAGGAGGAAGAAAUAUUGGCGGGAUAGUUGGAGGAAUUGUGAAUUUCAUCAGCGAGGCUGCCGCAGCUCAGUACACCCCAGAACCCCCUCCCACUCAGCAGCAUUUCACCAACGUGGAGGCCAACGAAAGUGAGGAAGUUCGUCGGUUUCGGCAACAGUUUGCACAGCUGGCUGGGCCGGACAUGGAGGUGGGUGCCACCGACCUAAUGAAUAUUCUCAACAAAGUCCUUUCUAAGCACAAGGACCUGAAGACCGACGGCUUUAGUCUUGACACCUGCCGGAGCAUCGUGUCUGUGAUGGACAGUGACACGACCGGCAAGCUGGGCUUCGAAGAAUUUAAGUACCUCUGGAACAACAUCAAGAAAUGGCAGUGCGUUUAUAAGCAGUAUGACAGGGACCAUUCUGGGUCUCUGGGAAGUUCUCAGCUGCGAGGGGCUCUCCAGGCAGCAGGUUUCCAGCUAAACGAGCAACUUUACCAGAUGAUCGUCCGCCGGUACGCCGACGAGGAUGGAAGCAUGGAUUUCAACAACUUCAUCAGCUGCCUGGUCCGCCUGGAUGCCAUGUUCCGUGCCUUCAAGUCUCUGGAUAGAGGUGCAGGCGGCCUGGUUCAGGUGUCCGUCCAAGAAUGGCUGCAGCUGACCAUGUAUUCCUGAAGCGGGCAGCGAGAAGCCAGCGCCCUCCCGGAGGACCGGACCGCCAAGAGCCUAGCCGCGCCGCCUGCACGGAGGCUGAUACCCUGCCCAACAGCUGUCAUUUCCUGCGAGCUCUUGCACCGGCCUGAAUGCUUCUGAACUGGGGCGGCCCUUGAAACAGCUUCAUUAAAACAGAUUUUCUUUUUUUUUGUGAAGGAUGUUCUGAGUGGUUUGUAUGUCAGCUUUUUGAGGUACCGGACAUAUAUGGACAUACGCAUGUGUGCUGUGGGGCGGGGCGGGGCAGGGCCCCAGCCGAGUAGAUUUUAACAGGCCGUCGCUUAUUUGGCGAGUGAGUUCCAAGGAGCAGGAAAUUUGUUGUUAUUGAGAGUGAAAUUUUGAAAAACUCCCGGAACAAAUCAAAAAAGCCCUCCAGAGAUCUGUUUUCCCUUUAAAAAGGUGAGGAGGAGGAAAGUUCAAAAUCUGUUUUCCUCUCAUUUCACAUCUGCUCUUUACAUUAUGUAAGAAAAAAAAAAAAGAUGUAUUCCUGGAAACCUAUUUAACUGUAUAGGAGCAGGUUCAGAAAUGAGGAAAGAAGCAGUUUCACAGGAGGGGGGUAGAUACAUGUAGCUCUCUAACAUUCCAGAAUUCUUUUAUUCCUGUUUCUCUAGUAAAAUAAGCAUGCGGCAACCUUGUUUUGAUGUGUUUGCAAAGAGGGUCAGGGCAUUGGAGAAUGAAGGGCGGACCUGUAAUCCGAAAUGUCACUCUUAAUCAUUCUUACACGCACGUAUGCAAAAUCAGACAUGCCAAGUUCAUGUUGGCUGGCUCUUGUCACGUCUUGCCCUGCCUCGGAGCUAGGAAUAUUUGUUUUGCUCCUCUUAGAAAACUGCAGAUGGAAGAGAAGUAAGCAAAGAAAAACAAAACAAAACAAGAAGUAGAGCUUACCUAAAUUGCCCUCAGUUAUUUGGAAUAUAAAGCGAUAUAGAGAUACGUAAAGAUUUAUAAGUAUUGCUGAGGAUUAUUAUUAUAGUGGUUCGCAGCCCUGACUGCAAUUCAGAAUCAGAGAGAACUCUUCACGGAUACUGAUAUCUGGCUCCCUUUCCAAAUGAGUUAGAGAAAAAUCUAUCUCUAGAGGUAGGGCCCAGAGAUGAGGUUUUUUAUUAUGAAUAUUAUUAUUAUUACCAUUAUUAUUAUUAUUUUUAAAUGUUUAUGUAUUUUUGAGGGAGAAAGAGAGACAGAACACGAGUGGGGAAGGGGCAGAGAAAGAGAGAGAGAGAGAGACAGCAUCCGAAGCAGGCUCCAGGCUCUGAGCUGUCAGCACAGAGCCCGUAGCAAGGCUCGAACCCAUGAACCAUGACCCGAGCUAAAGUCGGACCCUUAACCGACUGAGCCACCCAGGCGCCCUGGAGAGAUGAGUACUUUUAAAGCUCCCCCAGAUGAUUCCAGCAAGCAUCCACGGUUGUCAGGCAGGGCAGCCGUGCUUUCUUGCGUGUGGCCCUCGGUUUGGCUCUUUCAUUUUGAUUCAGGUGAUUAUGGUGGGGCAGGCAGGAUCCAGUAGACUCAGCUACGGGGGCUGCAUGGGCAACCGCUCAGUCCCCUCGCCUGCUGUUUAAUUGGCUUCUACCCCUCCUGCUUCUCUGGCUUUUCGUGCGUUCCCCCUCUCUCCAAGGCUACCUUGGAGGGUCCUCCUGAGGUUGAAGAUAAAUUCAUCCUUCCUCUGUUGACUCAUUUAGAGGAGAGCUUAACUAUAGACCCGACGUAACUCCCCUGUUAACAGCCCGCGGCUGCCUGGGAGCAAUCCCCGGUGAAAUUAGGACAGGUCGGCAUUUGGCCUCUUUGCUCACCAUCAUCACCAUCAUAUCAUAUUUAUGCACCGCCACGGGCGUAUAAUCCUGCCCUGAACCAAGCACAGAGACCGCCACGUCCACCUUCCGCCGGGAGCUUUGUAACUUAAGCCUGCUCUGGUGUGCUGCUUAGACCAGGUAUGGUCAUAGCAGAAUGAGGCUGCCUCCAGCAACCCCACGUUAAUGUCAGGAUCCCUAUUUUACAGUCCGCCCAUUCAGAUGUUAGGCAUGAGUGUAGGAAUAGAACCAAGAAAGGGGAAAGCCGCCAAGAUGCCUUUUAAGGUCUCAGAAUGUUAAGCUUAUUACUUAACCUUUCUGCGUGAUGGUUGUAGAAAGGGCAGCAUAACUGCACUGCACUUUUUUUUCCUCACUUAAUUCUAAAUAUUUUUUGGAAGUUAAGACAGUUACCUCAAGUGGGAGGCAGUAUUAAGUAUUUUUCUUGCUCCUCACGGGUCAAGGGAUUAUCUGCCCUUAUGAUUCUCUUCCCGACUGCACAGGGCAGAACAUCCCACAGUUACUUACAUUUCUCUUCUCUUCUCUUCUGAAUUUGUAGAACAUUUGUACAGAUAACCCCAGUCACUAGAGUAGACAUUGGAAAAUCCAAUCCAAGCUCUGGAUUUUUUUUAAGUACCCCAGACUUUGGCAUUGUGCAGAAGCAAUAGCCACAAGUAACUGAAUUUCUUAGUUUUUAUCCAACAGUUGAUGUUUUAAUUUUUUUAUGUUUAUUUAUUUUUGAGAGAGAGAGAGACAAAGAGCAUGAGCAGGGAAGGGGCAGAGAGAGAGGGAGACACAGAAUCUGAAACAGGCUCCAGGCUCCGAGCUGUCAGCACAGAGCCUGAUGCGGGGCUCGAACUCGUGAACUGUGAGAUCAUGACCUGAGCUGAAGUCGGACGCUCAACCGACUGAGCCACCCAGGUGCCCCAAAUGUUCUUUUUUCUUAAUGUUUAUUUAUUUUGAGAGAGAGAGAGAGAGAGAGAGAGACAGAGCAUGAAUGGGGGGAGGGGCAGAGAGAGGGAGUCGCAGAAUCCGAAGCAGGGUCCAGGCUUUGAGCCAUCAGCACAGAGCCCGAUACAGGGCUUGAAUUCACAGACUGUGAGGUCAUGACCUGAGCCGAAGUCGGGUGCUCAACCUACUGAGCCACUCAGGAACCCCUAAAGGCACAUUUUCAAUGUAAGAGGGAGUAUUUAUGUGAUACACUUUCUUAAAUUUACCAUUUCUACAUGGAAGACUACUUAUAGCCUAAGACAGAGGUCUUUGAUUCAUAUCAUUUCAUCCCAUUGUUUUUCAAUUUCUAACAUUAAGCUAUACGAUCGAUGUUUUAAGUUGAAAAUAAUACCCAGUGGGGCGCCUGCGUGGCUCGGCUAAACAUCUGAUUUCUUGAUUCCAGCUCAGGUCAUGAUCUCAUGGUUUGUGGGACAGACCCCCGAGUCAGGCUUUGCAUUGACAGUGCAAAGCCUGCUUAGUAUUCUCUCUCCCUCUUUCUGCCCCUCCCCUGCUCACACUCUCUCUCUCUCUCUCUCUCUCAAACUAAAUAAAUCAAUAAAUGUUUUUUAAAAAGAGAAAAGAAUACUUGGCGAUUUUAAAAAAGCAAGUGAAAUUGUACCAUCUACACUUUUUAAUUUCAAAAUCUGCCACUUGAUUUUGAAAAACAUCUUUAUCUUGAUAUAAUCAUUGGAUUCUGUAACCUGUAGCAGCAGGAAAAAGAACUACACGCUCUGUACCUAAGGAAAGCAAACCUCUGAGAAUGUUCAAAAUGUAUACAUCAUCUUAAAGGUCACUUAAAAUA